AUGAAUAACGGUACUGCUUCUUCUUCUUCCGCUUCGGGUUCCACUUCCAAUAUGAAUUCUUUGCACGACGUAAUCGUAAACUAUGUCCACAACUCGGCUUACUCAUCAACAGCUCGUAUACUAUCGCAAACACAAGCGAAACGAUCUCAGAACGGUGGUGAUGACGAUGAUGAAGCCAAUAUCUCGAGAAAGGAGGAUGAGGAUGAAGAUGACGAUGACGAUGCAGAUGGGAUGGAGAUUGACGAUGAAGAGAGUGUGUUGAAAGAAAUCUCGGAAUCGUCUAAUCGAAAUCGAAAAGCAGCAAAGUCGCCUAUGAAAGAUUAUUCGCUCUUGAAUGAAGAGGAUUUGGAAGGUAUUGAGCAGAGACGAGUCAUCCUCAAUCAUAUCUUAAAUGGAUCGAUAUCUAAAUCAGUUGAAUUGCUCAAUACGAAUUUCCCUUCUGUCCUCUCUGAGUCAAUCCCCACCAAUCUCACUUCCUCAAACGGGAACGGGCAUUCGAGCUCGAGUUCAAACUUCAAUUCGCAUUCAAAUCCAUAUUCAUCAUACUCUUCAGGUUAUAUGAAAUAUAAAGCUAAUCAUUCUAUACCUGUAUUGAAUAAAUCAACUGAGCCUUCACAUAUUAGAUUAAACUUACAGAUACAACAAUUCAUUGAAUCAUUUAGACAAUUAUCACCUUCCAUUCCUUCCUCUCCAGCAUCUUCGAUAGGUGAUUUGACCAAUUCGCAAACUUAUCAAGGGAUAUCAGCAUCAUCAUCUUCUUCUUCACCUGCAGGAUUAUUAACAGCGUCAAAUACAAAUACAAAUUCAAAUUCACAUUCCAAUUCUACAUCAACACAAACUUUGACGCAUGCGUUAUCAGCUGCACAAGGAUUACAUUCAGAAGCUAAAAAAUUGUCAGCUGAAAUUAGAGCUAUUUACUUGCAAGAGAUUAAAGAUGUAGGAGCCUUAUUCGCAUAUACAGAUCCAGAAAAUAGCAUCUUGAAGGGAUUUUUAGACCAGUCUAGAAGGAUAAGAUUGGCUGAUCAAGUGAACGCUGCUAUUUUGAAAUCACAAAAUAAACCUACCCAAUCCGCCCUAGAAACAUUCGCAAGACGUACGACGGUUUUAUACAAAGUUAUGUCUGAUAAUGGCAUUAGUCCAAAACCAACUUGGACAGAUUCCACUGGGGAUGGAAAAGGUAAACACCAUCUAGCAGAGUAUUGGAAACAAUCAAAUGGGAAAUCAUUCAAUCUACACGAUUUCGUCAAUUCUACUUGGUAG